UCCCAUAGAUCCAUAGUUGUAUUCUCAGAGAAACACCCAGAAACAGCAAUGGCUUCCACAAGUUUUUUUCUGAUACUUCUCGUGUCGUGUGUCUGUGUUUCAUAUGCUAACGAGUUGCCAAAACAGCAAGCAGAGAGGUUGAUAAGAUCGCUCAACUUGUUCCCCAAACAUUCCAUUAACACCCACCUUGACGGCCUCCAUGAAUCCUCAAUAUUCAACACUUCACAGAUUGUUGAGAAGCAAUUCAUGUUGCCUGCUGUUGGCCAACCAGGAGCUUCCAUUAAAGACCUUGGCCACCAUGCUGGUUACUACACCCUCCCACAUUCCAAGGAUGCAAGAAUGUUCUAUUUCUUCUUUGAGUCCCGGACGAACAAGAGUAAUCCUGUGGUGAUAUGGCUGACUGGUGGACCCGGAUGCAGCAGUGAAUUGGCGUUAUUCUAUGAGAAUGGACCUUUUCAUAUUACUGACAACUUAACUCUCGCUUGGAAUGACUAUGGCUGGGAUAAGGCAUCCAAUAUCUUAUUCGUGGAUCAGCCAGUUGGAACUGGUUUCAGUUAUACAAAAAAUGAAAGUGCUAUUCCUCAUGACGAGACGGGUGUAAGCAAUGAUUUGUAUGAUUUCUUACAGGCCUUUUUCAAGCAGCAUUCUCAGUUUGCCAAAAAUGAUUUCUACAUAACUGGGGAGUCUUAUGCUGGACAUUAUAUUCCUGCUUUGGCUUCACGAAUUCAAAAAGGAAACAAAGCAAAGGAAGGAAUUCAUAUUAACCUCAAGGGACUUGCCAUCGGCAACGGUCUUACUAAUCCUGAAGUCCAGUAUCCAGCCUAUACUGAUUAUGCUUUAAACAUGAGCUUAAUUAAAAAGUCUGAUUAUGACCGUAUUAACGAGAUUGUUCCAUCAUGUGUAGACUCAAUAAAAGCUUGUGGCACCAAAGGGGGAGAUGCCUGUAUCAGUUCAUAUAAUACUUGCAAUCAAAUAUUCGAGGAGAUCUUGGCCAUUGUAGGCUCCAUAAAUUACUACGACAUUAGAAAGGAAUGUGAAGGAAGCUUGUGCUAUGAUUUCUCAAAUGUGGAGACACUUUUGAAUGAUAAACAAGUUAGGAGUGCCUUGGGAGUUGGGAACAUUGAGUUUGUUUCCUGCAGCAUGGAUGUAUACAAUGCCAUGAUGACAGACUGGAUGAAGAAUCUUGAAGUGGGAAUUCCAGCUCUUCUUGAGGAUGGUAUCGAAGCUCUUCUAUAUGCUGGCGAAUACGAUCUUAUCUGCAACUGGCUUGGAAAUUCCAAGUGGGUUCAUGCCAUGCAAUGGUCCGGCCAGAAAGACUUUGGAGCAGCGCCUACAGUUAAAUUUAUGGUUGAUGGAAAAGAGGCAGGAUUGCUGAAAAGCCAUGGCCCUCUCAGUUUCCUCAAGGUCCACAAUGCCGGUCACAUGGUUCCAAUGGAUCAACCAAAAGCUUCACUGCAGAUGUUGACCAGCUGGAUGCAAGGGAAACUAGCCAUGACUCCAAGACAAGGCAUGUUCACGUCCUAGAGCUGGUAUAUGCCACUAUUGUUUACGGAAGAUUCACAGAUAAAACAGGGGAUUAUGAACGGAUGAUGAUUUACAUAUUGAGAUGAGUAAUAGUUUCAGAAUAAACUCAAUGGCCAAUGCUUGUAAAUCUUCACAUCUUUGGCUGAUGGAAUAUCAAUCUCCAUAAAAAGUUGCAUGAUA